UAACUUUAAUAAAUCUUUCAUAUUUUAUAAAUUUCCGUUUUAAACUAAUAUUACACCUAUCGCAAGUCCCGUCGUUGGCCCUACUCGAUUUGCUUUAAUCGCGCGCUCUGGUCACACUAUUGCGUCGUCUACAAAACAAAUUGUCAAAUCCAAAAUACUUCCAACCGCGGGAAGAGAUCGAAGAUCUCCCAAAUAUGGAAUCACCGACCUCGAAUUUGGUGGCCAGAGAUUUCCAGGUUACUGGCGUAUCGCGCAGCGGACGCGUCCGGAAAAAGUCAUCGAAGCUGUUGGAUUUUGAGUCGCCGGAGGAGAUCGAGAAGCGUACGCGUCGCCACAGCACCAGCAGGCCAGCAGCCAGGUACACGUCGCGUGGUCGUCCUCCCAACAUACUCCGCGAUGCGGACCUUGACCAGGAGAUGCUACUCUUUGACCACAACGUAUCCGAGAACGAAACUACGCUCGCUCCGGGACCGGCUCCCACCGCUGCUGCAGUUAUUCUCAACUCUGAUGACGAGCUGGACAAUCUAGUGCAGGACCUCGUGGACGGUGUCCAAGCGGAAGCCACCAACAAUGAGUCUCCUUCCGUUCGCCAGAGCCUGUACAUGCGUGAGAAGGCCAGCAAGCGGAAGGUAGUCACAGCCAAGGUGCAGCGCAAGGACAGGGGCAAGCAACGCUACACCGCCUACAGCCUGUGGGCCAGGGAUGUGCGCAAGCGAGAGCUCCAGGAUAUGGACUUUGCCAGCGCCACCAGACGCCUCAGUGAGCUGUGGGCAAACGUGUCGAACCGGGAGAAGAACGGCUGGCGACGGAAAGCCAAGGUGCAGGCGACACGGGCCAGGUCGCGGGAGAAAACCGGACCGAAUAGCAGCAGCACGCCACCCACCAACCAGCAGCCUACGAGCAAUGGGAGCUCGGCCCUAGAGCCGGCCCACAACGAAACUAUCUUCCAGAAUCGAGCCACAACGAGUCGCACACGAAAAUUGGCCGCCGACCGUCAGCAAUCCUCGCUAGAAUCCGCUGCAGCGGUGGCCGCAACGGCGUCUACCUCGCAGAGGCGUAGCAUUAGCACACGGAGUGGUCGAGGAAGCGGUUCUGCUCAGGUGGAAACGGAUGUGGCCAGCAGAAGCAGUAAGACUGCAGCGCAGCAGCUGGAGGCCCCGCCGCAGCCCACCAGCAUCGAUGCAAUUGAUGCAGCGGCUCACCUAAAGCUGCUCGGCGAGAGUCUCACAGUGAUUGGGGAGCGUCUGAAGAAGCAUAAUGGCCAUGUGGCCCUUUCGGGCAGUCUCUCAGUCUUGCUGGACAGCCUGCUUUGCUCGAUGGGGCCGCUUCUCUGUAUGACCACCCAGAUCCCGGGGCUGGAGAACAAGGCGCAGCUAUCGCGGAAUCUUGCCAACACUCUGGACAACAUAGCCUACGUGAUGCCGGGACUGUGAGGUAAUAAACAGGUAAUAAACACUACCUCCAGGCAGCUGUGCUUCCAAGGGGAAGCAAGUUAUAGGUUGAACCCCUUCCACACCCAUCCCCCAUUAAGUAUCCUUAGUUCUAAGCUAUACGUAUCUCGACCUUGAAUAAGUAAACCAAUCUGCAUAAGAACUCCGCCGAUGGUUUAUUUUCUGUCUAAAAGGAAGCUAUUUACAUUUUCAGGAGGAAUCAUAAUAGGAGGAACCUUUUCCUACAUAUAUGGGGAAAGAUUACAUUAGUAAUAAAUAAUAUAAUAGAUCAAGUUAUUUAUUAAUUUUUGUGCAGUUUCCCAGAGAUCUCCAGCUAGAACUUGAAACUAUCAGAAUAUUUUGUAU